AUGGAAGGUAGUUCUGCUUCUGUUACUUCCCAGGUGAGCAAGAGUGGUAAAAGGACAUGGACAUUAGCUGAGGAUGCAGUCCUCGUCUCUUGCAUGAUUGACCUACGGAAUAUGGGCACCCACAAUGCUGACACAGGAUUUAAGUCUGGCUACUUGCUAGAACUUGAGAAAAUGCUAUUGGAAAAGCUCUCGAAUUGUGGUAUCAAGGUGAGACCUCACAUUGAAUCUCGAUUGAAGACACUGAAGAGGGAAUGGGCUAUCGUGUAUGAUAUGAUGCUUAAUACAAGUGGCUUUGGAUGGGACUCAACACGGAAGAUGGUCACGGUGGAAGACGAUGUCUGGGAGACUUAUACUCACAAAGAAGCUGCUCCAUUUAGAAUGAGAAGUUUUCCCCAUUUCGAAGAAUUAUCUAUGAUAUAUGCGAAUGAUCAAGCUACUGGAAAAGAUGCUCAAGCUGUUGAAGAUAUUCUGCAAGAGCUCGAGAUUGAGCAUUUAACUGGAGUAGCCGAAGAAGCGGAUGUGAAUCAUUCAAACCCAAAUGAAUCUGCCAAUGGCAAUGCCAAUACCCCUACAUCGGGAGAUGUUUCGCGUGCUCAUCAACCACCUACAGAUGCAACGAGCUUGAAUACAAUGGCAACCGAAAUGAAAGAAGCUUGCAUGAUGAUCUCAAAGAGUGUUCACUCGGACAUUUAUCAAGAGAAGUUCCUUGAACUUUCGAGAGCUCUUCGUAAUGUUGAUGGUCUGACUUCAGCACAAGUUCGCAUGGCUAUUCAAAAGUUCGGUAACCAUCUGAGUUAUAUUCUACUUUUCUUUGGUAUCGAGCCAGAAUAUCGCUUAGAAAUGGUGUAG